UAGACGGACCCAAAACCCCCGUGCCUAUAAGACACAAACCCCCCCUAUCUCCACAAAACAAACCCACACCACCAAAAUGGCCGAGGCUCACUUCCUACUUGUAACCUACCCAGCCCAAGGCCACAUCAACCCCGCCCUCCAUUUCGCCAAGCGCCUCGUCCGUGCAGGCGCCCGCGUCACCUUCGCCACCAGCGUCUCCGCCCACAGGCGAAUCGUAAAAUCCACCCCUCUCGACGGGCUAACCUACGCCUCCUUCUCGGACGGCUAUGACAACGGCUUCAAGCCCACCGACGACCCCUGUGUCUACAUGGAACAGUUUAAGGAGGUCGGCUCGCGGUUCGUCUCCGAUCUCAUGCGCACCCUCGCUGACGAUAGCCGCCCCGUCACGUGCGUGGUCUACACCAUCCUCCUCCCAUGGGCUGCUGACGUGGCUCGUAUCAUGGGCAUCCCGUCCGUACUCCUCUGGAUACAGCCUGCAGCGCUCCUGGCCAUUUACUACCACUACUUCCAUGGCUACGGCGAUCUCAUAAAGAGCAUAAACACUGACCCUUCUCUUUUGAUAGAAUUACCGGGUUUGCCACUCCUCACCAUGAAAGAGCUACCUUCCUUUCUCCUCCCUCCCUACAACUACCCUUUCAUCCUUGCUACACUCGAAGAACUCUACCGAGUCUUGGAGAAGGAAUCCAAACCCAGAGUGCUUGUGAACACGUUCGACGCAUUGGAAGGCGAUGUGAUGAGAUCCGUUGAUGAGCUGGAGAUGAUUGGGGUUGGGCCAUUGAUCCCAUCAGCUUUCUUGGAUCCGAAGGAGAUGUCGGAUACUUCCUUCGGCGGUGACCUGUUCGAGAAAUCAACGAACUAUGUCGAAUGGUUGGAUUCGAAACCGCCUUCUUCAGUAGUCUACGUCUCUUUCGGUAGCAUUUCAGUGCUAUUAGAGCAUCAGAUGGCUGAGAUUUUGAAUGGGUUGUUGGGAAGCAACCGUCCCUUCUUGUGGGUCAUCAGGGCAGGUGAGAAUGGGACCAAAACCGAUACUGAUACGGAGUUCUGGAAGAAGGUGAGAGCUGCAGAGGAAGAAAGGAAACUAGGGUUGGUAGUGCCAUGGUGUUCGCAGGUGGAGGUUCUGUCCCACCCUUCAGUCGGGUGCUUCUUGUCGCAUUGUGGAUGGAAUUCGACGUCGGAGAGCUUGGCUCUAGGCAUUCCGAUGGUGGGUUUUCCGCAAUGGACGGACCAACCGACGAAUAUGAAGAUGGUGGAGAGUGUUUGGAAGAUGGGAGUGUGUGCCAGGGUUAAUGGAGAUGGGAUUUUGGAAGGUGGUGAGCUGAAGAGGUGUUUGGAUAUGGUGAUGGGAGGAGAGGAAGGAGAAGAGACGAGGAAGAAUGCUGAGAGAUGGAGGGAUUUGGCGAGGGAGGCUGCUGCUGAAGGUGGCUCUUCAUACAAGAAUAUUCAAGCAUUUGUGGAUGAAACUUCAGGUCUUAUAUGAUAAGGUUUGUGAGGUAAAUGCUCGUAAGAUUAUUCUCUGUUCUACAUCGCAGUGUAUUUAUGUGGAUGAUGUUCAACUUUUGUGGGAAAAGCCGUUGAAAAUCACGUUUAUUACAUAAAAAUUGUAAGCCCCAGUCCCGUUUUGUUUU